CUUUUUCAUCAUCCUUUCCUAUCAAUGGAUUCUGACGAAUACGAUUCAAGCAAUAGUAGAAGAAGUUCGUUAGCAAUAUCAGCAUUAUUAAAUGAUGAUAGCGUAGAUCCUAUUACUAGUACUCGUUUGACACCUGAAGAAAAAAGAGAAAAUAGAAAGACCUGGCCAGGUUUUCUUACUGAAGAUGCACCAAAAGCAAAACGAAAACGAAUAUCUACACAACAAUUUAAUCGAUUGAUGGCCAUCUUUCAACAAACUGAUACCCCAAGUUCAGAAGUUAGAGAACAUCUUGCUGAAGAACUUGAUAUGACAAAACGCGAAGUACAGGUUUGGUUCCAAAAUCGUCGAGCUAAAGCAAGUCGAGCUAGAGCAGCUGCAGCCGCCAUAUCGAAUGCCAAUCAUAAUAAUGAUCAUCAUAUCGUGAAUAAUAUGACAAUUAGAUAUGAUCAACCUAGUCCAUCAUUCCCUACUUUUCCUCCAUCACCACCUAUACUGCCUGCUAUACAACAACAACAACAACGUCAACCUGUCAUAUCAUAUACUCCUCCACCUCCAAGAAGAGCUUCCUUUGCAUCUAGUCUUCCACCUACUCGACCAUCAUCAUCAUCAUCAAUAUCAUCAUCAUCAUUACAACCCAUUGCUCCGAUGCCUCCACCAUCAACUCAACGUCCAUUGUCAGCCAAUGCAGCCAUCACUCCCAUCUAUCCAACAUCACAUGUUCAAUCUAUUGCACCAAGAAAACAUAGUAUUCAUCAAGGUUUUGAGAAUCUUUCAUUACAACAUCGAGAUCGUCGUCCAGCAAAAAAACGACCAAAAUCUGUUAUUGAACUAUAUAAAAAUCCUCUAUAGAGAUAUCUGUCAAACAAAAAUUCAUAAUAAAAAAAAAAAUUAAUUUGAAGCCUGUGCACGAAUCCAG